AACGCAACGCGGAAGUUGUAGCGGGAUCACGCAAAUCCGUUUUUAAUCAGCUGCCAUGAAGAAGUAACCCGGGCUAAAAUAUGAACAACUGCAGACACAAACUGCAGUCUAAUAUAAGGGUGAUUUCUCUGUGACACGGACCGAGGGCAAUGCCCGGCGGUACCAGAGUUGGAGCUCUUUGUGCGGAUGAAUUUGAUCCUGAAAGUGACAUAAACAUCCGUCAAGAUGGAAGAGGGAGGAGUGGCGGUGUGUCGGAGGUGUUCGGGGCCGUGCUGACGCUGCUGUCCGCGGCUUUCAUCUUCUUCACCUUCCCGCUAACAGCCUGGAUGUGCGCCAAGGUCGUUCAGGAGUAUGAGAGGGCUGUUAUUUUCAGACUGGGCCGUGUUGUUAAAGGACAAGCCAAAGGACCUGGUUUGUUCUGGGUUAUCCCUUGGCUGGAUGUGAUCCAGAAGGUAGACCUGCGCACCGUGUCCCUCAAUGUCCGACCACAAGAGGUUCUCACUGCAGAUGGAGUUCCAUUAAAGGUUGACGCUGUUGUGUUUUACCGUGUGGUAGACCCUGCCCUCUGGGUGACACGUGUUAAAGAUGGCUCCCAGGUCACAUAUAUGUUGGCCCAGACCACACUGAGGGCUUCACUGGGUGCACACACACUGGCAGACAUACUGGCACAGAGGACGAGUGUCACAAAGAGGGUGGAAGAAGUGCUGCACACUGCAACCAGACUGUGGGGCGUUCUGGUGGAGAGGGUGGAGCUAAAGGACUUAACACUUCCCGUCACCCUGCAGCGCUGCAUGGCUUCAGAGGCCGAGGCUGCAAGGAACGCCAGAGCAAAGAUGAUUGUGGCCAAGGGGGAGCUGGAGGUGUCCCGAGCUCUGAAGGAGGCGGCGUCAGGGUUUUCCCCCGUAGCGUUCCAGCUCCGAUACCUGCAGUCGUUGUCCUCUGUCGACAGCAGUGCGUCUGUCAUUGUCUUCUCCCUCCCUGUUGAACUUCUGACAAACUUCCUGUCCCAUCAGCCUUAGCUCCUCACAGGAUGCACCAUAUGAAUACCUCUGCAGGGAAAUUAAAAUAAAAUGAGCCACUAUGUAUUGUCUGUAGUUGUCACACUGAUUGUAAAUGUACGUACAAUGUAAACGUUAUGUAUUUAUUAACAUGUUAAUAAAAAAGACUUCAAUACCAACAUUUGUUUUUCUUGAGAUCAGCUUUAAUUCAUUUUUAAAGUUUACAGAUUACACGUAAACAUGUAACAAGCAACAGUAUCUAAUCUUUAAAGUGGAAAUAAAUGUAAAAUAUUGAAUUCCUGAAUUUACAUACUAUCAUCAUUAAUAAAUGACAGUUCCUGAUGCAGUGAGGAUCCUUUACAGACAGAUAUUCAUCUGUAUUUCUUGAAUGUUUUAAUUCUGUUAUGCAUCAUAAAGGAUGAAAUAUCCAAAA